CCCCUCACAGCUGCAGCUCCCGAGUCUCUGUCGCGAACUAUUGAUUUCACUUUCUUUCCCACUCCUUACUUUUCCUAUUUUCCUCACUUUUCCUUCAGCAUUCGCUCAGGAAGGUCGACUCCGUGAUAUGGCUGACGAGAUGGAAAAUGAGGGAGUCACAGACUCGCCAAAAAAGGGGCCAACUCUUUCUACCAGCACAAGCAGCUUUGAAGCUUUAGACCCUCACGACCCUAAUUUAAGUCGCCUAGCGAAUACAAUGUUCCAAAAGACAGGGGACUAUUUGUACGGCGAACUCACUGCCACUCAGGAGGACUACAAGCUGCUGGAGAACAUGAACCAUGUCACGGUGAAAAAGUACUCGGACAUGCGGCAAAUCGCGAGCAAUGUGUCUAAGAGUUUGAUCGAGUUGAAUGAGAAAUUUUCUCAAUGCCUCCACAGACAAAAGCCUGCAGCCGUACCUGGAGCAGAUCGAUCAGAUUGAUGACAGCGUGGCGAAACUGGAGCAGGCAGCUUACAAGCUGGACGCCUACUCCAAGCGGCUUGAGGCCAAAUUCAAGCACUUGGAGAAAAAAUAGUAGUCGCGAGUUGAUCUCAACUCUUUUAUUCCAUUUUAGCUCUUAAGUUCGAGCCAGUGAGACAAAAGCUGUGCUUAAGUUAAGUGAUUGUUUUUCAGAUUUUGCAUUUUAACACUCUUUGCGAUAUUUAUAAAAAUGAUACUAUAUUAUAUAUAGGUGUUGAUUAUCUCAAUAAAUCAAGCGAGUCAUUAGGCAAACCAAAAA